AUGACAGAAGAAGCUAUCUUCCGAUCAGCAAACAUGGUGCUCGUGCAGGUGUACAUGGCCUCGGAAAUCGCGCGGGACUGCGUGUGGGUGCUCGGGGAAAUGGGCAGCAUCGAGUUCCUGGACUUGAACGAGGGCGUGAACUCGUUCCAGCGGGCGUUUGUGGAGGAGACGCGGCGGUUGGACAACACGGAGCGGCAGCUGCGGUAUUUGGAGGGGGUGAUGAGGGAGCAGGGUGUGGAGGAGCCCCAAGGAGCGUACGGGGGAGCUUACGGGGGAGCUGCGCGGCAGCCGAGCCGGGACUUGGAGGAAUUGAUGCGGCGGACACCGCAGACGACGUCGGAGAUGGACGCGGUGGUGAAAGCGGUGGCGGAGUACGAGCAGGGCGUCCGAGAGAUGGCGGAGACGUACCGGGGGCUGGAGAAACGGCAGCAGGGGCUCCAGGAGGAGCGGAGUGUGCUUGAGGGGACCCGGAAGUACUUUGAGACGCGGAUGAGUUACGAUGGAUAUAGGGAUGGAGAUGAUGGAAGUAGUGAUAGAAACAGCACUGAUCGCUUCACCAUCUCUAGCAACGACAGCCUCCUCACGCAGGAGGAGCGUGCAGAGGGAUUCGGACCCGAUGACGUGGGCCUGCAUGAUCUAGAAGCAGCCCCAAGCACUGGUGCAGGGCCGAUGCCGCGGGAAAGUAGCGUGAACAUCCUCGGCACGGCGAUGGGUGUCGUUUGCGGGACAAUCGAGACGGACAAGUUUGCCAUUCUGGAGCGGAUCUUGUGGCGGACGCUCCGGGGCAACUUGUACAUGGCCCGGGUGGAGAUCGAGACGCCCGUGGUGGACUUUGACACCGGGGAUGAGCAGCGGCGAUGCAUCUUUGCGGUUUUCACGCACGGGGGCGGGUUGGUGGCCCGGAGCCGGGCGGUGGCGGAGUCGUUGGGCGGCCGCGUGGUGGAGGUACCGGGCAGCCACCGGGCGUACGCGGUGGCGGUGCACGGGGUGAACGGGAAGCUCGCGGACGUGCAGCGGGUGCUGGCGGGUACCGCGGAGCGGCUCGCGGUGGAGCUCAAGGAGGUUGCCGGGCAGCUGGCGGACUGGCGGGCCGCGGUGGCCCGCGAUAAAGCCGUGUACGCGGCCAUGAACCGGUUCGACUACGACCCGGCCCGCCGGUGCCUGGUGGCCGAGGGCUGGAUGCCCCGUGGUGACGUCGGGACCGCCCGGGCCGCCCUGGUGGACGUGGCCGACCGCCGCGGCGUGGACAUCGCCCCCGUGGUCUCCGUGGUGGACUCACACCUCACACCCCCCACGUUUUUCCGCACAAACAAGUUCACCGCCGCCUUCCAGGCCAUCGUCGACGCCUACGGCAUCGCGUCCUACCGCGAGAUCAACCCGGGCUUGCCUGCAAUCGUCACCUUCCCCUUCAUGUUCGCCAUCAUGUUUGGUGACAUGGGCCACGGCCUGAUCCUCACGCUGGCCGCCGCGUGUCUCUGCCUGGCAGAGUCUGCCAUCGCCCGGCAGCCGCACCGGGGCGAGAUCUUCGACAUGGCGUACUCCGGCCGCUACGUGCUCCUCCUCAUGGGGCUGUUCUCCAUCUUCACCGGAUUCCUGUACUCCGACCUGUUCAGCCGGCCCGUCACACUCUUCGCCAGCCGCUGGGCCUACCCGGCAGGCUUCAAAGAGGGCCAAACCGUGUCUGCAACACAGACUGGUGUCUACCCAAUCGGCCUAGACUGGGCAUGGCACUCCGCAGAGAACACCUUGCUCUUCGCCAACUCCUACAAGAUGAAGCUCUCCAUCCUCAUGGGCUUCAUCCACAUGUCCUACUCCUUGCAGUUGUCUCUCGCCAACUUCCGCUUCUUCAAGUCCCGCGUCGACAUCAUCGGCAACUACAUCCCGGGCUUCCUCUUCAUGCACUGCAUCUUCGGCUACCUCUGCCUCACCAUCGUCUACAAGUGGUGCGUGGACUGGAUUGGCUUGAAGCGCGUCGCUCCUUCUCUUUUGAACAUGCUCAUCAACAUGUUCUUGGCCCCGGGAACCGUCGAUCACAAGCUCUACCCGGGACAGGGGCCUGUGCAGCUUGCUCUUCUUGCUGUUGCCCUGGUCUGUGUGCCCUGGCUCUUGCUCUACAAGCCUCUUGCACUCCGCCGUGCCCACAACCAUUCCGUGGCCUUGGGGUACUCCGAGGUGUUGUCUGGGCCUUCCGAGGCAUCUUCGCUUGCAUCUUCUCACUCUCACUACUCUUCACUUAGACCUUCUGAGUCGGAGUCUCACGUACUCUCACCCUCGAACUCACUCUCACCCUCUAACUCCCAUUCUUCCUCUUUCUCCCACCCCCCUCCACCCCCCUUCAACUUCGCCGACAUCAUGGUCAACCAGGUCAUCUACACCAUCGAGUUCUGCCUCAACUGCGUCUCCCACACUGCCUCCUACCUCCGGUUGUGGGCCCUCUCUUUGGCUCACAACCAGCUCUCUAGUGUUUUGUGGAAUAUGACCUUGCGUAACUCCUUUGUCGCCUACUCUGAGCGCGGCUUCUGGGGCUGCAUUAUCGUCGUCCUACUCUUUGCUUUGUGGUUUGUUCUCACGGUCGCCGUCUUGGUCUGUAUGGAGGGUACAAGUGCUAUGCUCCACUCUCUCAGACUUCACUGGGUCGAGGCCAUGUCAAAGCACUUCCAGGGUGAGGGAUACAAGUACACUCCUUUCUCGUUCUACCACUUGCUUACGAGCGAUGACGACUCUUAG